GCCACAGUGUGAGUGUGAGUUUGACAUGCAAACACCAGGCAGAGAUUUUAACCAUCAAAGUAGUCACUACUUCUCAGCAGACAUGGUGGACACCCAGCAGCUCCUCGCCUGGCCUGUCGGUUUCAGUCUGAGCGCGGUGGACCUGUCAGAGCUGGACGACAGCUCCCACUCCCUCGACAUGAAGCAUUUGUCUACGUUAGACUACGCCUCCAUCUCCUCCUCCUCCAUCCAGUCCUCCCUGUCUCCUCCGCUCGUAUCCUCCAUCUCCUCUGCCGGUGUGGCCUAUGACCCUAGUCCGCCGCAGCACGAAGAACAACUGACCAACAUGGACUACACAAACAUGCACAAUUACAGGACGGAGCCGCACACACACAAUUUGAUCAAGCUGGAGCCGGAGUCGCCUCCACAGUACUCUGACAGUCCUGUAUUCUCUAAGCUCCAGGACGAUACAUCGACAGCAGCGCUGAACAUCGAGUGUCGAGUGUGUGGAGACAAAGCUUCGGGGUUUCACUAUGGUGUCCAUGCCUGCGAGGGCUGUAAGGGUUUCUUCAGACGCACCAUCAGGUUAAAGUUGGUGUAUGAUCACUGUGAUCUUCACUGUCGCAUUCACAAGAAGUCCCGCAACAAAUGCCAAUACUGUCGUUUCCAAAAGUGCCUUAAUGUCGGCAUGUCACACAACGCCAUUCGUUUUGGCCGAAUGCCGCAAGCAGAAAAGGAGAAACUGCUGGCUGAGUUCUCAUCUGACAUGGUGCACAUGCACCCAGAGGCAGCAGAUCUGAGGGCUCUGUCCCGGCAUCUGUACGAAGCCUAUCUGAAAUACUUCCCCCUCACCAAGGCCAAGGCCAGGGCCAUCCUCUCUGGGAAGGCCGGAGACAUUGUGCCUUUUGUCAUCCAUGACAUGAAGUCUCUUAUGGAGGGAGAGCAGUUUAUUAACUGUAGACAGAUACCAAACCAGGAGCCCCACCAACAGCAGGAGUCCGCCCUAACAGCUGGACACGGAGGUAAUGUGGGAGGUCACCCGGGGUCAGAGUAUGGCUAUUUGGGAAUGACAAGCAUCAGCGGACAGGCGCCGUCAGACGCUCUGGAGCUUCGUUUCUUUCACAGCUGUCAGUCACGUUCAGCCGAAGCAGUUAGAGAGGUUACAGAGUUUGCUAAGAGUAUUCCAGGAUUCAUCGAUCUCGAUCUCAAUGAUCAGGUAACUUUGCUGAAAUACGGUGUGAUUGAAGUCUUAAUUAUAAUGAUGGCACCUCUGAUGAACAAAGACGGGACCCUGAUCUCCUACGGACAGAUCUUCAUGACGCGGGAGUUCCUAAAGAGUCUCAGGAAACCUUUCUGUCAAAUGAUGGAACCAAAGUUUGAGUUCUCAGUCAAGUUCAACACGCUGGAGCUGGACGACAGCGACAUGGCGCUGUUUCUGGCUGUCAUUAUCCUCAGCGGUGACCGUCCGGGCCUGCUGAACGUGAAGCCCAUCGAGCAGCUCCAGGAGACGGUGCUCCACUCGCUGGAGCUGCAGCUGAAACUAAACCACCCAGACUCUCUGCAGCUAUUCGCCAAGCUGCUCCAGAAAAUGACCGACCUGCGUCAGAUCGUCACCGACCACGUCCACCUCAUCCAACUGCUGAAGAAGACGGAGGUGGACAUGUGCUUACACCCGCUGCUGCAGGAGAUCAUGAAGGACUUGUAUUAGAAUUCAACAGGAGAAAAAGGGGCCACGCAGAGAAAGAGGAAUGAAAAGAGAUUUUAUUUUUAAAAUCAUGACUUGUGAAAUUGUAAUGAUGAGGCACUUUGUGCUGCUGGUGUGUUGAAAUAAAGGGAGGUAGCCAGACAGGCUGACUGAAAUUGAGAAAGACAUGAGGAAGAACAGGAAGAGAGAAAUCAAGGGGAGAAAGACAGAAUCUUUGUGUUCUAUCUCGUCUAGACAGCAGCGCAUGAAUAACAUGCGGCGCACAGUCAUUUAGCGACUGCUGAGCCUGGACAUUUUGUAAAUGAGUCGGUUGCCAACUUAAACAAGAAACUACCACCGAUUGCACCAACCAGGACGAGCAAAAGAGAGGGGACUUUCUUAUUGGCAAAGCUGAAGCUUAAAAUGGCAAGUGCUCAACACAUCCUGCUUCAACUGCCUUCAGGAGAAAUCACUGUGAAUAUUUUUUACACCACGCGUCACACAGUAGAUACAGUAUGUCAGCCCUUACUUACUCCCAACUCGUGAAAUGCCGCCGCUUUGUCAGUGAUUUUGGCAUCAGAUACCGACACACAGAGGCAUCCUUUGCUGUGGUAUAAUACACAGCAAGCGGCUUUUUUUGCUGCAGCUGGCCGCAUCCAUACUCUUUAAAUACUGCCGCUUUGUCUGUGGAUGUUGGCAUUGGACACAGACGCAUUGAGACACUCUUCACUGCAAUAUUGAUCAGAGAUGUGUACUAAAACCUGGUGUUAAACGAGCCCCGAUGCCGGAUUAUUUAAGACCAUAAUGCGGGUCUGCUACUUAUAUUUAAGAAAAGAAGGCUUUUUAUUGUUUAUUUAGGUUACAUAAAUGUUUUUUUGUACUGUUUUUAUCUCACCAACUUCGAUUCUAAGUUGCAGUAUAUUAAGACAUUCGUCUAUGAUGCAUUUUCGCUCUUCAGUCCGGAGGAGAGUUCUCUGUGUGUCGGCGCUUGCAGCUACUUAGUUCAUCUCUCGUCACCACUUUAAUUUCUGGUAUGUUAUAGUCUAUCAUAGUGAGUUGAUCAAAAUUUCUUCUUCUUUAUUUUCGCUUAAAGGAGAUACCCAAAAGAACUGAUGAGAGUAUUGUUAAAAUACCGGAUCGAUAAGUAGUAUCGCUAAGAGUAGUACUGUUAAAAUCUUAAGAUAUGCAGCAGGUGGUGGCUAUUUCUGACGCAGCCAGAAAUUAGCAUUAAGGGUGAGAAACUCCAUACAGGGUGGGUGGAAGAGGAGGUGCAUGGUUCAAAAAACACUGGACUUUAACUCAGGAGCCCGCUGUUUGUUUCCUGUGUGAAACGGAAAGUUGUAGAGUUAUUUUAGAGCAGUGUGUAGCAUGCUACGCUAGUAACGCAUGUCGCAUAUGUAUGCCACAUCCAGUGACAUUAUGUAAGUAAGAACCAUAACCGUAAACCUAAAGGAAAAGGAAAGGGAAUGUACCUGAAAAUUAAGUGUUUUACCUACUUUUUUACUUUUUAAAGUUUAUUUUGAAAAAGUUUGUAUGCAAGCAACAAGCAGAAAUUGCACAUUUCCUGCACAAACGGAAAUCUAUGUUCAAAAGCCGCAGUGCAAGUAACAAGCGUUAAUUGAGAGGCCCUCUGUGAACGCCCAAAACCAAUGCAGGAGGGUACCUAAUGCAUCAAAUUUUGACGUUCAGGUCCACUGACAAAGUGGUGGUAUUUGAUGAGUCGGACGAGGACGUGUUAAGUAUGUGUUGUUUAUGUGCAGCUUAUGUACGUUACAACCGCCACAGGCAGCAGCCGUGUGUACGUGCUUCAAUACCUCUGUGAACACUCACAAAAAUGCAUGAAUGCCCGUGUGCACUCACACAAACACACACACACACACACACACACACACACACACACACACACACACACAAAACAAUGCACAGACAGCCGUGUUCUGUUUGGCAUCAGGGUGACGGUGCUAUCUCUUUUUAAUCAGCUUUAUCCAAAGACAGAAAUCAGAUUAUUGCCUGUAACAUAUUUUAGUCUCGGCCACCUGCAGAAACUGUGAGAAAGUGAGAAGCCGACAAAGUGAGUGAAUGCCUUUGAAAAUAGACACGUCACACAUGUAUAAUGUAUAUUCAUAUGUAUUAUUUUUGUAUGGAUGAAACUGUAAAACGCUUUUCAGCUAUUUGAAAUUCUUUAAAAGUGGUUAUAAAUUUUAAUAUGAAAUUGUUUUUUAUCUAUGCAAAGUGUCCAAGUCUGAUCAAUCAGAUCUUUGUUGGGUUUUUUUUGGGGGGGGGGGUUCUCAGACAAAGGGAUUGGAUUAAUACAAGUGGGGGAAAAAAUUGUUGUAAA